AUGUCACCAGGCGGCAGCAUCGGCGCGAUAUCGUGGAGGCGAGCACCCGCCGCGGCAACGCCGCCUGCGCCUUUGGCGGGCGGUGAUGGCGGCGCCCCGCACGCGGGGCCGCUGCCCGCGCCGCUGCGGGAGGUGCCGCGGCUGCUGCUGCAGGCAUGGCUUGGCCUGGACGAGCCCGGCCAGCUGCGCGUGUCCGAAUCCGACCACGGCCUCCGCGACACGCCCGGCGCGCGCCUGCUGAUCGCCGGCACGCGCUUCGCCGCCGGCGACCGCGAGCACGCCGCGGUCGCGCUGCUGCUGGCCUCGCAGCAGCAGCUGGACGCGGCCGGCGGCAACGCGCCCGCGCCGCCGCCGGACGCGGGCGUGGUGGCGCAGAUGGCCGGCACGCGGCUGCACUGGGGCUCGUGCCGCGGCGAGGGGGCGCGCUGGACGGGCCGGCUGUUCGGCAGAUCGGGCCUGCGCGGCGGCGCGUGGCAGUCCGCCUUCCACGUGGUGCCCACCCCCGCGGGCCCCGUCCACGCGCUGCUGCUGCAGCUGACCGCGGAGGACGGCGGCCCCCACGGCGUCGCCGCCAUCGUCAAGGCGCCGGGAAACAGGUGGCUCGGCGACGCGGCGACGCGGCGCGACUUCUUCAUUGACCUGUCGGCUUUCCCGAGGUCCGAGGCGCUGGUCCUGCCCAAGGAGGGCGCAUCCGAGGAAGGCGCGGCCGCGGCGUCGGCGGCGCUGCGCGAGCCGGCGCUGCGGCUGCUGUCGGCGCUGUCGAUGAGGGACGCGUGGGCGCCGCUCUCCGCGGCCGAGCUGGCGCGCGCGCCGCCGCCGCGCGGCGCGGGCGCGGCAAAGGCGGCCGUGGCGGUGGCGGCCAAGGAGCGGCGCGCCAAGGCGGCAAAGGCGGGGCUGCCCCGCCAGCCGGAGCUGCCGCCUCCGUGGGCGGAGGGCCCGCCGCGCGACAAGACGCAGGUGGUGACGCUGGGCGGGGACCAGCUGGCGGCGGCGGCGGUGGCGCGGCUGGUGGAGUGGGCGGCGAGGCAGGAGGGGCGGAGGCCACUGGGCGGCCCUGAGGGGCUGCCGCUCGCAUAA